CAGGAAUCGACACGUUUUCUGCGCAUUUUCCGGUUGCUAGCCUAAUGCCCAUCAGACGAAGGAAACUUGUCAAGUCCCCUGGUGAGUGGCAGUUUUCCCUUGAGCACGGAGGGGUCUGAGUGAAGGCUCAAAGAUGGUCUGAUGGACCGCCGCUUCUUCCUGACCUUCCUCCUCUGCUCAGUGUCGUGGAUCUUCUUCUGGGAAGUGCGCUGGAAGAAAGGAAAAGAGAGUCAAAUUGAGGAAUGGCUCCAAGGACAUAGCCUCUGUCAAUACAGGCACUUAUUUGAAGAUGUACAGUCACUGGAGGAACUGAGUCUGAGUGUACUAAGUCGUCUGGAAGAGGUGGUGAAGGAACAGCAGCGCUGGAGGGAAAUUGAGGAGGCCCACAUCCAGCUGCUCCGAGACUUUGCCUUCCAGGAGUGGCUUUGCUCCCAGAAAUUGGAGCACUAUUACCAUACACUGAAGACCUUGCGUUGUAUGAACCUCGAUGAUCUGUCUCAGUUCGACAAUCAGCUGCAGCUCUCGUUAGCUGCCUGGGGAUACUACUACGAGGACUACAUCAAGCUGUCUACUGGCAUCAAGAUCCUCCAGAACUCCAGGGGGAGUCGUGACCAGGACUACGAGAUCCGGCUGGUACACAGCCUGUCUGUGAGGCGUCUGAAUGAGAAGUGGACAAUUGAGGGAGCUCUCAUAUUUGGCUGUACUGUGGCGCUCUGCUUCUUGAUAAGGGACCUGAUGUUUUACGUGAUUGGUGGAAUUACUGUUUCCAUCAUAGCGUUUGUCUUCACCAUUAAGUUCCUCUGCGAGCUUGCAGCGAGGGUUGUCAGUUUCCUGCAGAAUGAGGAUCCAGGGCGACGCGGCGACCGCAGCAUCUACGACUAUGUCCGGGGCAACUACCUGGACCCCCGUUCCUGCAAGGUGUCUUGGGAUUGGAAGGAACCACAGGAAGUGGGCCAGACUAUGAGCUUUAGAGUCCAGCUUUUCUAUAAGAAUGGCCAGCCUUUUCCCGCCCACCGGCCUGUGGGGCUGAGGGUCAACAUCAACCACAUCGAAUUGGCUCUGGACAUCCCUGUGACACAGGAAGUUGUGCAGGAACCAGAGUCCAACGUAGUCAAAGUUGCCUUCACUGUGCGCAAAGCCGGGCGCUACGAGGUUGCUGUCAAGCUGGGUGGCCUCAACGUGGCCUACAGCCCUUAUUACAAGAUUUUUCAACCAGGUACAGUUGUCCCAUCAAAAACCAAGAUAGCCUACCAUUUCUCCACCCUGGUGCUAACUAAUGGCCAGCAGCACACUUUGCAAAUUGAGCCGAGGGACGAGUAUGGAAACCCUACCAGUAACUCUGCAUCUCUCACUGAUGAAGCCAACUACAGCGUCCACGUGCACUCUCUGGGCACGGGGGAUGACGACAGUCUGGAGGAGUACUACAGUAAGUCAGUGACCCUCAACAAGCAGCAGUGCCAGGUUCUGCUGAAACUCACCCUGAGGAAGACGGGCUGCUUCAGGGCCCGCAUCUCCUACACAGACCAGCCGCUCAGCAACGGGGAGUUUGAUAUUAUUGUUCUCAGUGAGAAUGAGAAGGCCUGUGUGGAGAAGAAUGUGUCCACUCCAGGCAUUAGCAUCUACUUUGAAGCGUACCUUUACAGCACUGGGAACUACAGUUCCUCAUGGCAGUUGCCCGCCUCCUCUCUGCUGGCCCCCCAGAGGAGGCCCUCCAUGGGAGAAGAGGAGGAUGAGCAUGACUCUCCUGUGGAGGGACAACCUGAGAAGGUCAAGAAACCAAAAAAGGUCUACUGCUACAUAUCGCCAAAGCAAUUAUCCGUGAAAGAGUUCUACCUGAAAAUUAUUCCAUGGCGCCUUUUCACCUUCCGAGUAUGUCCAGGAACGAAGUUUACCUAUUUUGGUCCUGACCCCAUUCACAAGUAUCUAACUCUUGUGGUGGAUGAUGGGAUACAGCCUCCUGUGGAGCUCAGCUGCAAAGACAGGAACAUCAUGGCUGCCACCUUCAUUCGCUUCCUGCACAAGAACAUCGGUGGAUCUGAAACGUUCCAAGACAAGGUGAACUUCUUUCAACGUGAACUCAGGCAAAUCCACGCAAAGAGACCUCGCACCAAGACCUGCCUCAAAAUCACUCGGCACACUAUUCUAGACUCGUCCCUGAAGGCUACCAGGAACUUCUCUGUGUCCGACUGGAGUAAGAACUUUGAGGUCGCGUUCCAGGAUGAGGAAGCUCUGGACUGGGGAGGCCCUCGCAGGGAGUGGUUUGAGCUGGUGUGUAAGACCCUCUUUGACACCUCCAACCAGCUGUUCACUCGCUUCAGUGACAACAACCAGGGCCUGGUGCACCCUAACGCUGAGCGGCAGGCCCACCAGCGUCUGAAGAUGUAUGAGUUCGCUGGUCGUGUCGUGGGGAAGUGCCUGUAUGAGUCCGCUCUGGGGGGGGCCUACAAACAGCUGGUCCGGGCUCGCUUUACACGCUCCUUCCUGGCCCAGAUCAUCGGCCUCAGGAUGAACUACAAGUACUUCGAGACGGAUGACCAGGAGUUCUUCAAAACCAAGGUCUGCUUCAUCCUAAACAAUGACGUGAGCGACAUGGACUUGGUGUUUGCCGAGGAGAAGUACAGCAAGUCGGGACAGCUGGAGAAGGUGGUGGAGCUGAUAUCCGGGGGAUCCCAGAUUGCUGUGAACAAUGAAAACAAGGUGCAUUAUCUAAACCUGCUGGCCCAGUACAGACUCGCCAGCCAGGUGAGAGAUGAGGUGGAACACUUCCUGAAAGGUCUGAAUGAACUGGUUCCAGAAAAUCUGCUAGCCAUAUUUGAUGAGAAUGAGUUGGAGCUUUUGAUGUGUGGCACCGGAGACAUAAACGUGCUGGACUUCAAGGCCCACGCUGUGAUUGUCGGAGGGUCGUGGCACUUCAGAGAGAAAGUGAUGAAGUGGUUCUGGGCCGUGGUGUCCAGCUUCACCCAGGAGGAGUUGGCCCGUCUGCUGCAGUUCACCACCGGCUCCUCUCAGCUCCCCCCCGGGGGAUUCAACACCCUCUGCCCCUCUUUCCAGAUCAUUGCUGCCCCCACACACAGCACCUUGCCCACUGCACACACGUGUUUUAACCAGCUGUGCCUCCCGACGUACGACUCUUAUGAGGAACUGCACAAGUUGUUGAAGCUGGCCAUCAGUGAGGGCAGCGAGGGCUUCGGCAUGCUCUGACUCUCCAUCCAGAGGACACCACCAUGCACACUUCAGUGCAACGGUUUCCUGAUUUCAUUUGCAUUAACAGUGGGCAUCUUGGCAGAGCAUCACCCAGACUCCCUAUCAGUACUCUCUCAGGAGGAGAGGGCAUUACAGGAAGUCACAGAAGGCUUUCCCGAAACUGGAACUCAGUCAUUUGAACUCAAGUACUACUUUUAUGUAUAUAAAAUAUCUUGCUUUUGUAAAAAAGGAAACCAGGAUCUGCUGGAAAAGGUCAGGUUUUGGCUAAAGUUUGCUUAGUUUUAUAUGUUUGAAAGACAAAUAAUUAUAGUGCAAAAGCCUUGAGUAUUACGUCAUAAAUGCUUCUUUUGCAUUUUUCAAACUGAGGAACACUUAAGUGCAACAGCGGGCUACAUGUGAUGUGGGUGCCGCGCGCACCUACAGCACUUUGGCCUUAAUCGAUCAGGGACUGAUGUGUGUUUGUAAAUAUAUAAUAUCACUCUUUUAUUCCAAUACUUGUACAUAGUAGUGUGUAUACAUAGGUUUUCAUCUCGUGACCUCUUUGGUUUAAAGUUCAAGGAGAAGGGAAUCACUUUAUUGGUGCACGUUUGAUGGGUUGAGAGUUUAUUUAAUUUCUUUUUUCAUCUGAGAAAGAAUGGGUUUUAAAAGAAGCCAAGUAAUUUCUAUUGUUUAUACAUGUUUUUAACUUAUUGUGUCUUUAAAAUAAUAUUCGGGUUGACCCAUUGUUUCAAAUAUGUUUGCCUGGAGUGGUAAAUGUUUGUCUUAUGUUUUAUAACCUGCCUUAUUCAUGCCCUUUGCCUCUGAUUGUAUUCAGAGAGGUGCGUAGGUGAGAGAAGCAUAGUGGACAAUAGUAAGUGAAAGGUAUAUCAUGGCAUUUCUACUACUACAUGCAGGGGUCACUGUGUACGUUGGGGAGAGCCCAUAUAUAACAAACACUUUGUUAUAUAUGUAUACUUUUACUUUUUCCUUCACAGCCUUUUUAUGGAUUUACCUCAGAAUCUUCUAUGCCACCUGUUCAUCCUCUGACUCAGCUGUAUAUGUGCACACUUGUGGUAAACAGUACAUACAGUUUGUUCAUAGCUGCCUCCUUCCCGUCCUGUACCUUUAAGGCAUAUUAUCCCACAUCCUCAGUAAACUGAAGCGUUAUAUCAGAGGAGAAUAUGCCCUGUUCUUUGUUAUUGUACAAUUAUUUAUUUUGAAUGCGACGAUUGUCAAAAAUCCUGAGCCAACAGUUUUCUCCUUUCUUCCUCUUCAUAUUGUGUAGCAAGUUCUAGACUUUACACGUUCAAUAGCCAUUUUGUACUAGUGUGUGCUGCCACUCAGUGUUAGUAGAUCUUUUAGGAAAAUUCAUGUUUGGACUGCAAAGUAAAAAAAAAAGGAUUAUCCUUCACAAUAGUUUUUCAAUUUCACCCACAGAGCACUCUGGGUCCAGUUUCACAUUAUUCUCACAGUAUGUUUGAGAUUUCCUUAUUUUCGAACGGCAAAGAUGUCACAUUUUGAAGUCAGCAGCAGGUUUGUAUUGUGUUGGCUCACCAGAACCAACACAGUGUCCACUUGGGAUUUAAUGAGCGUUUGCUUGUGCUUUAGCUAGCCUUUUACAGUGUUAAGAGGUUUACAAGUGGGUUGAUGGAUUUGUGUUUGUUUGGGUUGUGCAAUGUUGACCAGAAGUACUAAGAAAAUAUGAAUGCUUAUGAAAAUAUUUUCAGCACACAUAACAAUGGCUGAUAUCAUAUUUACCAGAAGUCCAAGUAGUUUAAGCAUUACAUGUGUUAGUUGUUCCAUUAGAAAUGACCGUUAUAAGUAAUCAUGAAGGAGGUCUAUGCUGUAGUUGUAUGUUCUUGUUUAAUGUUUUGCUUUUCAUGAGCAUCUACUUCUCUGUUUUAUUUAGCUAUGUUUGGAUUGUUUCUGGGCUACAUGGCCCACAUGAGUGUGACUUAGCGAUGUAGAUAUUGUGAAAUAUUUGCCUAUGACUUUGAAGCUGGGAUACUUCUUUUCUUUCCUUUUUUUAAAUGGCAAGUCAUUGCUGACGAAUGUUUGAGAUUCUCUGCACUGCAGGUCCUUUUGUUUAUGGGAAUAAAAAAUGAUGGACUAAAUUCUUA